AUGGAUCCUGAGAGCGCCGCUUUCCAGCCUCGCGACGACAUUUGGCGGAUACAAGACGAUAUGCUCCGCAUGCAUCAAUCCCAACAGGAGCUUUCCGACCGUGUGUCUCGCUUGGAGCGCCGACAUGAGGACGACUCGCGUCUGAAGAACGUCUGGGGCGGUGCAUCGCCUUUCCCCUCGGUGCUGGGAGGCACCCCUCAGCAAGGUGCGACAUCUAUACGGUCUCUUCCCCUGCAACAGCCGACAGCCGAAAGAUUCAGCAACUUUGACGACCACUCCUCCGCCUUGAUCAAUGACCUACAUCUUGACGCCGACGAAGAGCCCCGCCGUCUUGGGACCACCUCGCGAGCGAACAGUGUGCGUUUCGAUGAGACGGCGAAUCAUGGUCACUGGUCUCGGCCGUCAAUGGACUUCAUAACCCGAACCGGCAGCGGAAUGGGCGGCCACGCCAUGAGCGAGCGCAGCUACUCACACAAGUCGCUUGGAGGGCAGAGCUCAGCUGGUCAAUCAGUCCAUUCGGCAACAUCGGGAAGGGCUAACAGCUUGACGGGUUACGGAUUGACUGCACCCGAAGCUCCUGGUUUAGCUCCUGGUCUUUUCAUCCUCGGUUCAGUUCCUGCUAUAAUCCGUUGCUGGCUCACUACCACGUUCAAGCAUGACACCAUGUUAUACGCUGCAGUCUGUAGUGGUUCUUAUGCAUCGUUUCUAGAUUUCCGACUUGUCAACAGACUAGGCUUCCAAGACCAUGUCACGAGGACCGACGACGGCCGCCGCACAAUCAAAUUACCCAUGUAUCUCCCGGAAGCUGUACCGGUUUCUGCGUCAUCGCAUGCUAGCAGUCCUGCGCCUCAACUGCCCUCACUGACGGUCGAGUUUACUGUCGUUGAGAAUCGUAAUGAUGAAACUGACAGCAAAGCCAUCCAGAUUUUCAUUGGAAGUGACAUGUUGCGGGCUCAUAAUGCAGACAUUUUGCUUUCCUCCAAUCAGCUUACUUUGUACGACGACGAUAGGAGUAAACUCAGAAUUCCUCUGGUUCGUCCGGAAGAUGAGCAUACGUUCAAAUCUCUAUACAUCACGAGUGGUGCGCCGGACCGUACUCAUACCGAGCUCGGAAUCGAGGAACCAUCAUUGCUACCGACGAAGUCUUCGACGCCAAAGGAGCCGAGCGGCGCUCCGUACACGAGCCUUCCAAGUAGCUCUGCUGCAGCUGCUGUGAAAGCCACAGAAUCAGCAACAACCAGCGGUUCCGAAGAUGGUUCGGUAGGCCGACGAAGCCUCGAACAACGACCGCGCCUAGGUCUGUCCACAAGCUUGCGAACCGAACCGAAGGAUGCACAGGAUUCAAGUCCAGGCGGUGCGGCGGCACGUGCAGGCUCUUCUCCGGCUAUUUGGAGCAACUGGCGACGUGACACAGAGAAAUCCGGGUCCACGGAUUGGGCAAACUUGGGUAAGACCUCGGCUCCCACAUACCAACGACGCGACACGGGUAUCAAAGUAUUGAAGAAGCCGGGGGCGCGCACGCUGUCCGCGAGUGUAUCACAAGGCUCUUCGCCUUCUGUCACCGGGCAGUCUCGCUUCUUUGACGAUGGAAAGCGUAGAGAGGAAACUGCGGACGAGCGUGAGGGCAGUGUGCCGCCGCUGAAGCGCUCAGUGUCGGGAGAGAAGCCCAAGGAGAAUGCUCCCGUCCUGACGAAGAAUCGGUCUGCGAACCCACGAAAGACUGCGACAGGCGCCUUGCACAGCAACCCCUCGCACGGUCAGGACAAGGAAGCGGCCUCACAUUCACCGCAUGAGGGCGCCCGCCUAGACUCGCCGCGCUCGUCCCCACUCCCCGCCUCGACCACCUCGCGCAACUCAGCAUCACCGCCUCGUUUUCUGCCUCCGCACAUGAAGAGCGAGAUCCUCGACGCCGUCAGCGAACCCUCGGCAGCGUCAACCCGCGACACUCCGCCCACCGUGAGCUCCCCGAGCGAGGCCUACGCAAAUAUGACCCUCGACAGCGAGAACGACGGAGAUCGCAGCCGCUCCGUAGAGCAGCGUCCGCCCCUGCGGGCUUCUUCACCCGCCAAACGGUUGCACUCCGACAUGGACGACGGUAGCAUGGAUGUGGACAGCGCCGCGCCCGCCCGAAGAGGCAGCGGUCAGUCGAGCCCGCUUGCCGCAAAACCGCCGCUUGCCGCCUCAGCUCGCAGUCUGCGCUCUACAUCAGUAGAAAUGGCCGACGUCGCCUCCAACGGCGCCAGCGCUGCCAGUUCCGACUCAACCUUGGCCUCGAAUGCGGAUUCGACAGCGACCAGCGUGUCCAACACACCGGCUGCAGACGUGCCCAGCCUGGACGACCAGGUCAACAAAGUGCUAGCCCUAUCGCGGAAACCGUUACAGGAUCGUCAAGUUGGCUAUGUCGUCUCUCAGAAGUGGUUGCAACGCGUGUGGGCUCGAACGCCUCAGUAUGCCGACAAGCAACACGAGUUCAACAAAUCGGCUUUGGAAGGCGAGAUUGGGGCCGUAGAUAACUCCGAUCUCGUAGAUACAGCCACUCUCUCCGAAGACUUGGCCGAUCAGAAAGGCGACGAUUUCGUUCCACUUCGACCCGGUCUCCUGUACGAGCAUGACUACGAGAUCCUCCCUGCUGAGGCCUGGGAGUUGGUCGUUUCGUGGUACGGGGUCAAGGAAGGCACACCGGUGAUUCGACGUUACGUUCACAACACUAGCUCCAAUGAGUUUGCCGAGAAUCUGCAAUACGAAAUCUAUCCACCUAUUUUUACAAUUCGCAAAGUUACCAAAUGGCCACCGACAACACACCAUCCUGCCAAGAAACUCGUUGCAAGCAGGGCUGAUAGUUUCGCCGAAUUCAUAAGGGCGGCGAAGCUGGCUGCUGGCAUAGCGCAGAACAAUGUACGGAUUUGGAGACUACUGAAUCCCUCGACUGCUGCCUCAGACCCGGCGCCUACUCAACAAGCCACCGGCAUACUCACACCCGAAGCUUCCCCACCUCCGCCUGCGACUCUUCCCCUUGUCAUCGACUCAGCCAGCCUGACUAGCCUGGACAUCGGCACUCAGCGCGAGGAAGUGACUGGCAAGGAUGAAAUGACCAACGAGACGUUCAACAUCGACCUGAACCUCGCUGGAGCGGGCCUUGCGGAAGACCAGAUUCUCGUACUGGAGGAACAAGACGAGAAUGGCGAGUAUGUUACAGGGACACUCUCACGGCCUGCCAAAAAAGCCAAUGUAGGCAACAAGCCUGGUAUCUCAAAAAGUACACCCAACAGCGGUCGAAGCACUCCGACUCUAUCAGGAGCAAUGACGCGAGGCCGGACCCGAAACGGAAAGACACGAGGAACAACAGGACUCACGAACCUCGGAAACACUUGUUACAUGAACUCUGCUCUUCAGUGUAUUCGUAGUGUCGAGGAACUGACGAUAUACUUCCUCGCCAGUGAGUUCAAGCGUGACAUCAACGCCGACAACCCUCUAGGGCACGGCGGUGCCAUCGCAAAAGCAUAUGCAGGACUCAUUGCUUCCAUCUACGAUGAGGCUGGUCAAUCGUCGUUCGCUCCCAAGAACUUCAAGAACACUUUGGGUAGAGCAGCACCAAUUUUCUCAGGCUAUGGGCAGCAGGACUCACAAGAGUUUCUGAGCUUUCUUGUCGACGGGCUCCACGAAGAUCUUAACAGGAUCAAGAAGAAGCCUUACACCGAAUACCCCGAGUCCGACGACAACACUGUGAAUGACCCCGAAGCUAUAAAGGCACUGGGCAACAAAUUCCGGGAUAUUCAUCACUCUCGAAACGACUCAGUAGCCAUGGACCUCUUUAACGGCUUCUACAAGAACACCAUGAUAUGCCCUGACUGCAACAAAGUGAGCAUUACUUUCGAUCCGUACAGCCUGGUGACCCUUCAACUGCCCAUUGAACAAACAUGGCAACACACAAUCAAGUUUAUCCCCCUGUACGGGAAGAUGUGGGAAGUUGAUAUCGACAUCGACAAGAACGCCACUAUCAAGCAAUUGAAAGAGUAUAUCGGCAAGCGUUUCGGGGUCGAAUGGAACCGCAUCAUGUUAUCCGAAGUCUAUAGUCACAAGUUCUACCGCCACAUGGAUGACCAAGACACGAUUGCGGAGUGCAGCAUCCAGGCGCGAGAUGAGUUCUACGCUUUUGAAUUGGAAGCCGUUCCAUCCAAUUGGCCUGGGCCCAAGAAGAAGAAGUACCAGACGACCAUCUUUUCUAGUGACGAUGUCGAUAUACCCAAGUCUGAUCACGUUCACCAUGAUAGGAUUCUGGUCCCUCUAUUCCAUCGUAAGCCUACUUCCACAUCAUACCGAUCACAAGGGUGGGCAAUAGAUUUAUGGCCGUCAUACAUAUUGGUGGAUCGGGCGGAGGCUAAGGACUACGAUGCGAUUCUCAAGAAGGUCCUGGCCAGAGUUGCCCAGAUGACUACUCGCGACAUUCUCACCGAAGCGGAUACAUCACUAGCGCAGUCGUCUUCUGGAUCGGACGUAGUAUUAACGACAGAAGAGGAUGCCUCCCCUAACGGUGACCCUCGUAUUCAGGACAGAUCGGUCGAAGGCGAAGAUCUCGUAGAGGUGACGAUGACAGAGCCUACAGAGACUCCAGCCGAAACACUAAAAGCUGACAACGAGCUGCCUGAGGUACUUCGACCAGGCAACUUCCUCCCACCCCAAUUCCGGAACUUGUUCGAAAUGAAGUAUGCGCGAAGUGGCAAGGAGUAUCUGCCUACCGGAUGGAACAAUCUCGACUCCAACAAAAGCUAUGAUCCCAUUUCUAAGCGCGUUCGUGUUCCUUCGACCCGUGCCUCUUCGGUCCAGUCUUUGGAGGCCGGAAGCGAUGCUACGUCAAGCGACGCAGAUGAUGAUGAGAAUAUGCAAUUCUCUGCCGAUGCUCAAAGCUCGAUAGAACUAGCGAACCAGAGCAGUGACGAAGACACGCAACCCUCCAUCGAAGAGCCUCCUGCGUUCUCUCGCGGCGGCCGACAGAAGAACAAGAAGCCUAAGAAAAUGACGAAGCACGAGCGCAAGCUUCUGCGUAACAAGAACUUCAACAGGGGAAAGAAGGGCAAGAAUCCUUACCAUAUGGAGCAGCCAUCUCAAUCGUACAACGAACUAGAGGACGAGGAUGACGAGCGGCUAAUCAAGCUGGGUGAAAGUAUCAUUCUCGAUUGGGAUGCUGAUGCUUGGGAUGCUCUUUUUGGUGCCAAUUCGUACGAGGAUUCACGGGGCAGGAAUGCUAUGAUCGAUGUCGAGACCUGGGAAGACAAGGAACUUCAGGCUAAGAAAGCUAAGCGGGCCGCUCGAAAGAAAAACGGUCUCACCCUGGAGGAAUGCUUCGCUGAGACCUCUAAGACUGAGGUCCUCUCCGAGGAUAAUGCGUGGUACUGUAGUCGCUGUAAAGAACUCCGCCGCGCCACAAAGACACUGGAGAUUUGGACUGCACCCGACAUACUCGUCGUACAUCUCAAGCGAUUCAGCUCACACCGGGUUUUCCGAGACAAGGUUGACGUGCUCGUCGAUUUCCCCAUUGAAGGUUUGGAUCUGUCAGAACGGGUUGGACUUCACGAAGGCAAAGACUUGGUAUACGAUCUUUUCGCAGUUGAUAACCAUUACGGUGGCCUUGGUGGAGGUCACUACACUGCCUAUGCCAAGAACUUCUUCGAUGGGCAGUGGUACGAGUAUAAUGACUCUAGUGUAUCAAAGAAAUCCAACCCAAGACAGGUCAUUUCGACUGCCGCCUACCUCCUAUUCUACCGACGUCGCUCAAGCGGCCCUUUAGGUCCUCCCGAACUCCAAAGUCUCGUCAACAACUGGCGGAAUCCCGACUCUGAAGCGGCCGGCGCCUCGGAGGAAGAAGAUGCCACCUCCCGCAACGUCUCGCCUUCGGGAAACGGCUUGCGCCUCGGCGGCUCGUCCCGCAAUGGUUCGUCGAGCGCUUUCGGAGCCGGGAGCGGAGCGGCAGUCGGAGCCCUGCGCGGGGGUGGUUCGGACGGAGCAGGGAGCCUUCUACGGAACGGAGUCUCAGCCGGGACUCUCGACGAUGAGAGCCCACCUGGCUAUGAAGAUGAGGGGUACGCUGACGAAGAUGACGUUGCGGGCGCAUAUCCUACUAAUAUCGAAGACGUAUAUGCGCCGUUGCACAGCCGGCUUGGAGGUUCACCCAACUGGAGCUUCAACAACGUCAACAGAGACCGCGACGACGGCGACAGCGACGUUGUAGCCUUUGACGAGGAGGAACGGGAUCGCAUGGCGGAAGACUUCGGCGAGGAGUUGAGCUUCGCACCUGGGUCGCCAGUCGGAGAAAUGGAACUCAUCGCACCCGUGGAGACUGACGAUGCGGAGCUGGCCGAGAUUCGCCUCAAGGGGGACUAGGCGGGUUGCCGACGUUUCUUUAGAGCUUCAGUCGCUUGUUUCUUCACUGCAUUUCUGGCUUUCAAGAGGAAAAGUAUUUGCUUAUCACUAACCACAGCGCUCGUGGCACGAGUCUGGAGAGGGGUAUCCAUGUGUAUUGCAUUGCGUUGCAUGGCACGACGAUUGUUUAAAUAGAUGAUGAUAUCGAUGACGGCGAUGACGCAGGAGAUGAAUGCGGGACGUACAUGGGUUACGUGGAUUGGGCUGGGAAUGAAUGGGAUAGAGGUGUUGGGCGGUGGCUCGCGGCGUUGUAUGCAUUAGAGGGUGCGAAUGGACAGAUUUCGUAGAACGAAAUGGUGAGAUCCAUUCGACUUG